AUGGCCUCAAGUGAGUUUUCUGGUACGCAAACACCUCCACAUCCCCAACAUCGCUCGGCUAUCCAUGCGAAGAGACCUUCGCUAAGACUUUGUAUCGCCAGCAUUGGCACCAGGCGGCAACCGAAGGCUCCUAAGCACAAAGCUUCUGUAGCAAGGUUCUUGACCUGGGUAGCAUACGUUCGGAAUCAGUCCCCUUCCGCGAGUUUGAAUUUGAAGAAGUGCCCUCUCAUUGACUGCCCGAAAGAAGAAUUUGCGGACGAAAAGUCGAUGAUGAAGCAUCUCUAUGCUUGCACCCAGCUUCCAAAAGGGCGUAUUGAGUGUCUUUAUUGUGGAAGACCUGAACCAAUUGGUAGAUUUCAUGCCACGGAGGAAGACUGCAACCCAUUGUCGUGUAAGAGCCUCAUAGCCACUGCACUGAGUCCUUUUCGGUCGCCUUUAUCCCCCCGGAAUAGCACUGCAGGAAAGGGGUUUCCAAACGCGCCGCAGAUGCCACAAUCUACCAAAACAGAGAGCGACAUGCCUUCCUAUCCGCAUCUUGCUGAGCUUUCGUCCAAAUUAGAUGUUUCAGAACUGCCAGAGGGUCAGAUCUCGGAAAUAGGAUACACCCCUGGUAUAUAUGAGCUUGAUGUUGAAUUAACAGCUGAGCUUCCGUCAAACUUUUAUGGCAUGGGUUAUGGACGAGCACAUUAUGGGCACGAAUAUUUAUUUGAUCUUCCAGGACCUCGGAUGCUAUCUGAUGCUACCUUCGAGCAAGCCUUUCUAGCUGGAGGAGGCACUGGCAACGUGUUAAGCCCAGCGGCUGCGCUAAACCUUCACGAACUUCCUGGAGUUCCUGUUGAUUGCGACUGUCCUCAGGUGAUCGACGACGAGCGAACGCUAUAUCGCAACAAUACAAACAGUACCCGCAGAUAUACUGCUCCCAUUUCCAUACCUUCCUCAGCUUCCCGCAGCGCUUUUGGCCCCUCGAGUUCAUCAACAUAUCACAGCAGUAUAUUUGAUGACGAGUCAAUGGAUUCUACUGGGUUUAGACAAGAAAUUGCAACUGCAAAUACAUCACCAAUCUCACCCGACGUCAACGAAAGCUCGAGCUGUAAUGAUAGAGGUUUCGCACCACAGAAUGAUUGCUCUGACAGGCGUUAUGCGACAUAUGAUUAUUUCCCUGACAUAACCGAGAUUCAAAACUUCUACUCGGCUGAUGAAUGUAUGCAAUCACCGUCAAACCCACUUAGUUCGCCGUCAACUUUGAUUGAAAAUAGAAGUAUGGCCUUUGAUAAGUCAAUGACUCUAGCUUCGUCCAGCAUAGCAGACUUCCAGAAUCCCGAACUUGAUCCACCUCAAGAUAUGCGGAUGACUUCACAUAUGAUAACCUCUCCGGAUCACUCGUACAUUCCCGCGUUUUUUGAUCAAGAACCACAACUGCCGCCGCCGCCUAUCACCUUUGUUCAGUCCAGCCCACUUCAAAGACCUUUGCCAGCUCUACGAACAAGUUUCACUUCAUCGUACGAACACAAAGUCAUUGAUGCUUCUGUUAGCAAAAUCAAAGGGCCUAAUUGUCCAUGUGGUCAUCAACCAUCGGGCAAAACGGGCAAUAGAACAUCGAACCUUAAACGCCACAGGCAGACUUGCAAAUUCGGGUGUAGUAAAGCUCUCGUCAAGCCCGCAAAGUGUGGCUUUAAGGGAUGUGGCAAAAGUUACACACGCUUUGAUAACCUGAAAGUUCAUCAGGUUUCAAAGGGUCACCGUCCAGAUAUUGAGUUGGAGAUAAGUUUCCUAGAUGACCCCCCUCUUGCAAAGGAAGUCAAUGGCAGUCCGCAAAACAUUUGCUCAACGAAGCCUCUGGUGCAGGCAACAGAAACAUCAGUUCAAUGA